UGCUUUGUUGUAGUUACAUUUCUUUUUGUGUUAUGCCUCUUUAAGGUGUUAUUUUGUACAGACAGGGUAUAAUAGUUUUAAAGUGGUGUCUUUUUUAGUCAUGUAAAGUUAAACUAUAGUUCGUACUUUGAGUGAGAAUCUGUAUACAAUACAUGGAUAACUGAUGCGCAUGCGCAGAACGCCGCUCGCGUCACCGCUAAACAAACAUUAGCUACAGUUAAGUCAAGGCUAAAGCUAAAGCAGCUAAAGCUAAAAUGCCCCGGCGAUCUUUCACAGCAGCAUUCAAACUCUCCGUCUGCCGGUAUGCAGAAGACUUUGGGAACCGGGCAGCAGGACGGCAGCACGGUGUGGACGAGUCAAUCAUCCGGCGUUGGAGAGCGGACAUCGGCAAGUUGACGGCCAUGCCUAGAUCGAAGAAGGCGAUGAGGGGCAGAGCUGCUAAGUGGCCGUCGUUGGAGGAGAAAGUCAUCGCCUGGGUUCGUGAAAAACGUAGCGAGGGUCACGCACUAACAACUGUAGAGCUAUGCAUCAAGGCAAGGUGCAUUGCAGAGGCUGACGGGAUCCCUGAUUUCAUUGGGUCUAAGAUGUGGGCUUUUCGGUUCAUGGCCCGUCACAACAUGUCAAUGCGGCGGCGAACCCACAUCUCCCAUCGACUUCCCGACGAUUUCGAUAACAAGAUUACCAAGUUCCAGCGAUACAUCAUCAAACAACGGCAGCUGCAUGACUACCCUCUGAGCCGUAUCGGCAACGCAGAUCAAAUGCCGCUCACGUUCGAUCUUCCAAGGGGCACCACAAUCGCCAGGAAGGCAGAGAGGUCGGUCAGCGUCAUCAGCACGGGGCACGAGAAAGAUCGCUUCACGGUGAUGCUUUCAUGCACAGCUGACGGCGGCAAGCUCCCUCCCUACGUGGUUUUCAAACGAAAGACCCUGCCGAAAGAGAAGUUUCCAACGGGAGUCAUCGUGAGGGCCCAGGAGAAAGGCUGUUUUGACGAAGAUAUCACCAAGGACUGGAUCAAGAAUGUCUGGGCAAAAAGGGUCGGCGGCAUCACCAACCGACGCAGCAUGCUUGUGCUAGACACUUUCCGUUGCCACAAGACGGAGCAGACCAAAGCCCUUCUUGCCGCCAAGAACGUGGAUCUAGUCGUCAUUCCGGGUGGUAUGACUUCAUUACUACAGCCCCUUGAUGUCAGUGUCAACAAACACUUCAAGGAUGCGCUCCGCCAGCGGUGGUCAGCUUGGAUGCAGGAGGGGAAGAAGACGUUUACGAAGUCUGGUCGACAACAGAAAGCUGAUCUACCGACGGUCUGCCGAUGGGUGCUGGAGGCUUGGAACAGCAUCUCCUCUGAUCAGAUUCAACGUGCAUUCUUGAAGUGCUGCAUCUCCAACAGCCUCGAUGGAAUAGCAGAUGAUAUCAUCUGGGAGGAGCAAGAAGUCGAGCAGGACUCCGGCUCAGACGACGAGAGGGUGGAGGUCAGACCCAGGAUGACAUGUCCCUUCCUGGUCGUAGUGGCGAUAGACUUCGGGACAACCUCGAGCGGCUAUGCUUUCAGCUUCACACAGGACUCGGAAAUCAUCCGCAUGAUGAAGCGAUGGGAGGGCGGGGACCCCGGUGUAGCCAAUCAGAAGAGCCCCACGUGCCUGCUGCUGACUCCCGAUUUGCGCUUCCACAGUUUUGGGUUUGCGGCGCGAGACUUUUACCAUGACCUGGAUCCAGAUGAGGCAUGGCAUUGGCUGUACUUUGAUAAAUUCAAGAUGAAGAUCCACAGUACUUGUGAUCUCACUGUAGAAACAGAGCUGGAGGCCGUCAACGGUCGGAGGGUCCGAGCCAUCGAGGUGUUCGCUCAUGUCCUGCGCUUCUUCAGGGAGCAUGCCCUGAAGGAGGUGAAGGAGCAGUCCUCGUGCGUGAUGGAGGGGGAGGAGAUCCGAUGGGUGAUCACUGUGCCCGCCGUGUGGAGACAGCCUGCCAAGCAGUUUAUGAGAGAGGCUGCAUACCUGGCUGGUCUGGUGUCCCCUGACUGUCCCGAGCAGCUCCUCAUCGCUCUCGAACCAGAGGCCGCCUCCAUAUACUGUCGCAAGCUGCGCCUGCAUCAGGUGAUAGACCUCAGCCUGCAACCAAUCGCAAAUGGGGUGGACGUCAAUGGAUCACGGCCGUUUGACUCCGGCUUCAGACAAGUGAGGGAGCAGUUGAGGCGAUCCAGACACAGCAGGACCUUCAUGGUGGAGAGUGGAACCGGAGAGCUGUGGUCCGAGCUGCAGACGGGUGACAAGUACAUCGUAGCAGACUGCGGAGGAGGAACAGUCGAUCUGACAGUCCAUCAAAUCGAUCAGCCUCUGGGAACUCUUAAAGAGCUCUACAAGGCCUCAGGUGGUCCAUAUGGUGCUGUUGGCGUGGACCUGGCCUUUGAGGCCAUGCUCUGCCAGAUCUUUGGUGAAGAUUUCAUCCAGAGCUUCAAAGAUAAGCGGCCAGCCGCCUGGGUGGACCUCAACAUUGCAUUUGAGGCCAGGAAGCGGACGGCAGCGCCGGGCAGGGCCAACGCCCUCAACAUCUCCCUGCCCUUCUCUUUCAUCGACUACUACAAGAGACACAGGGGCCAGAGCGUGGAGGCUGCCCUGAGGAAGAGCAACAUGAACAUUGUCAAGUGGUCAUCCCAGGGGAUGCUGCGACUCACCCAAGAGGCCAUGAACGAGCUCUUCCAUCCCACCAUCUCUAAUAUUGUCCGACACAUUGACGAGCUGAUGUCCAAGCCGGAGGUACGAGGCGUGCGUUUCCUCUUCCUGGUGGGCGGUUUUGCAGAGUCGCCCAUGCUGCAGAGAGCUGUCCAAAAAGCACUGGGCCGCACGUGCCGCAUCAUCAUCCCACAUGACGUUGGUCUGACCAUCCUGAAGGGAGCGGUGCUGUUUGGGCUGGACCCCACCGUGGUGCGAGUGCGUCGAUGCCCGCUGACAUAUGGUGUGGGUGUCUUGAACCGCUUUGUGGAGGGACGCCACCCACGGGACAAGCUCCUCAUCAAGGAUGAGCGCAAGUGGUGCACAGACAUCUUGGACCGCUUUGUGUCCGUGGACCAGUCGGUGGCUCUGGGCGAGGUGGUGAGAAGGAGAUACACGCCGGCUCGCCGCGGCCAAAGGAAGAUCAUCAUCAACAUCUACUGCAGCACCACGGAUGAUGUGACAUACAUCUCUGACCCGGGGGUCAGGAAAUGCGGGAUGAUCACUUUGGACCUGCCUGAGCCGUCACCACCAGCAGCAGCAUUAGGGGGAGCAGGAGGCCCGGCAAGGAGGGAGAUCAGGGUCACCAUGCAGUUUGGAGAUACAGAGAUCAAGGUUACAGCCGUGGAUGUCAUGUCCAAACGCUCCGUUAAGGCUUCCGUUGACUUCCUGUCUAACUGAAGUAUCACAACACCAGCUGACAGGAGGAUUUUUGCAAAAAGUGACAGUGUUGUUUUGAACUUCCGAUUAGAAUCCAAUAAUGGACGUUUGAAGACUAUUACUCCAGAAUACUACCUAGAGUCAAACGAGUCCAUGUUUUAAUCUAAGUAUGCAGUGUACCCUCAUUUAUCACAGGGGGAUAGGUUCCCAAAAUAGCCGGCAAGAAGUGAAAUUUGCAAAGUAGCCAACUUAAUUUUUUUACAAUUAUAUGUUUUAAGGCUGUAAACCCCCUCACCAUACACUUUAUACACUUUUCUCAAACAGCCAUUCACAUUUUCUCACAUUUUAAUAUCAACCUACGAAAUUGGACACAAGAAAUUAUUAAGAGAAGCAUAUUUCACUCCUCUGACCGUGCCUCUUCGUCCUGGGGCUGCUUGCUGAAGCGUUUUUGUAUCCUUGUUAAAACAUGUUGCUGCAUCCUCGUUCUCCUCCAACUGAAGAUUCACUGACAGUGUUCCGCAAUGGCGCCCUAAGGCCGUGUAACAUCUACCUUCCUUCAGCAUGUCCACAAGUCCCAACUUUGUGGUGGUUAGCAUCUUCUUCUGCCUGUUGGGUGCGGAACGUUUCGUCGACAUUGUGGGUUUUGACGAGGAGAAAACGUGCAAACAUACAGAGUUCUGAGUCUCUGCAAGCGGUUUGCUAGCGAUCAGACAACAGAAAACACGGCCACUCCCUUAGCCAAUAAGGACGCAGAAGACAAUGGGCGGGUUCUCCCUUAGCUAAUCAGGACGUAGAACACAAUGCACGUUCAUAUGCUGUAAAAAAAAAAAAAAAACAAAAAUUGCACAAAAAAAACUCACUAAACAGCGAGCGCCCCGAAAGGUGAACCGCGAUGGAGGGAACACUGUACAGUACAUCGUUACUGUAGGCUACUACCAAUCAGUCUUGCCAGUGCGCCACUAAGUGGCAGAAAGAAACUACAAAAACGCAUUCAAUGCAUCUUGAUAUCCUGAUAGGCAUCUCUCAGUAAUGUGCUAUGUCAUGUUUAAGUACUGGUAUAGCCCAAAUCAAAGCUCUUGACACCCCACACUGUUUUAUUUUCCAUAAUAGUAUAUAUUUUUUUAACCAAGACCUUUUCAGGUUUCCUUGAGUGGGGCUGCUAUGUGGGUGAUUCUUGUCCAGAUGUAAAAAUAACACGCUGCGGUUAAGUCGCCGUCUGAAUCUGUGCAUUUAUUAAGAAUGGUCCAAUAAAUAUGCAAGCAGUUAACGAAUGUGUAAGCACUUCACAUUUCAGUGCAUCUCUUUCCAUCAUUGUCACAAAGAUGAGAACUUAGAGCAGCUCCAGCCUUGCAGGAGAAGAACUGGGCCAGAGGUGGAAAGGAUUGUGAUAACAUGAUAAUGUUGUUAGUCACACACCAUUACGCCAAAACUCAGAUGGAAAAAUAAUUAAUACAUGAAAUGUAUAAAAAUGGGCUGCUUUUGAUGACACCUGUUUGCUAUGAGUGGGUAACUACAAACUUGGGCAAUGAUAAUCCAAAUGCUCACAUCUCUAAUAUUGAGACUUCAAAGCUUGAUAUUAACUGGGUGUUAGUGCGCAUGGGGUCUCCCGCGGCCUCUGCCCCGUCCAGCACCGCCUGGCGGUCCGUCCACACUGCUGCGUGGGUUCUUGAUGGUCUCGUCGACUGACAGGAUGAGGCACGCCGCCUCUGAGGCUGCAGUCAGAGCGUUGAUACGAACAAUCGACGGCUCCCACACGCAGGCAGUAAAGUUGUCUGCGAUGUCCUCGUUGUUGAUGUCCACGCCAUACCACAUUCCGCCCUGCAGAAGAACCAAGCCUCAAAUCCGGAAUGCAUUUGGAGGCCCACAUGGUGCCCUUUUGUGGAAACGAUUCCUACCUGAGCGUGUUUAGCGCGCAGCUUGUUGAGGAUGUUGGUGGCGUCGAAGCCGGCGUUGUCACACAGCUGUCUGGGGAUGACCUCCAGGGCCUUAGCGUAUGCACCUAUCAAAAGCUGCUGCUUGCCUGGAAUGGUUCUAGAAUAAUCCCUCAGGUACUUGGACAGCUCCAUCUCCACGGCGCCGCCUCCUGCGACAACAGAGUCAUUCUGGAACAAAAGUUGGACACUCAGCGUCACAGAGCAACAAAUAGCCGUCCUCAUAGCAGAAGCCAACUUUCAUGAUCUCAUUCAUUCAUGUUCUCACCUUGAUGGCUCUGCGCACAAUCAUGAUGGCGUCAUGCAGCGAUCGCUCCGUCUCCUCUGUGAACUGUUCUGCGCCGCCCCUCAGGAUGAUGGUGCACGUCUUGGCCUUGGGACAUCCCUUGAAGAAGUUAUACCUACAAAAAACAAAAACACCUAAGUUGUCAUCUGCUGCUGCAGGAAGCUGUUUAGUGUGUGUGUGGGUUUGUCUUGCUUCACCUUUCUCCUCCCACCUGCACCUCCUCAAAGAGCUCACACUGGCCCAGGACGUCGUCUGUCAUAUUACCUACUGAUGUCUGAAUGGAGCCCCCGCAGGCCUGGAGAUCACAUUACACAAAUGAGCUGCUUUACGUUGUUCUUUAUAUCAAUUUUGCCUCACCAUCAUGGUCCUCUUCAGGUCUUCCUCCUGGACCCUUCCAGCACAGAACAAGUCUCUGUCAGCAAAGUACUGAGUGGCCACGUCCCCAAUGGGCAGUUUGGACAGAACCACCUUGGCUCCUGACUGGUAGAUCUUCUCCAGCUUGUCGUAAAGAAUGUUCCACUCUGCGUCUACAAUAGCUUGGUAGUCCUGAAGACGGGGAGGAUGAUUACUACUUUAGGCAGGGCA